UGCUUUACAUUAAAAAGGGUAUCCUUUUGUCUAUUUGCAGUUUCAAUGCGGCGUGUGCGAAGAUCUGUACUUCCCCGCCAGAAAGCCUUGUAUGGCCCAUCUGAAAGAGCAGCAUUCUGGGAUUAGUUUUAAAUGCACAUUAUGUAAGAAGAUAUUUAGGAGAAAUGAUAACCCGCAUCAAUGCAGAGCGAAGAAAACUGAUUUUUAUAUGUUUAAUCAAAUGACUGGUGAUAAGGGCAACAGAGCAGAGAGAGAGUUGGAGAAAUUUUUAGAACGGGCAGAAAAGAAGUGGUGUAUAAAUUUGAAUGACAAGAUAACAGCAAGGAAGGGAACAAGACCAAUACUACCAGAGAGGAGAAAAGAAAGAACUAGGACGUUGAGUGAAAGUAGUAGCAGCAGCAGUGAUAGUAGUGACAGUGAAGAAAGUAGUGAGGAAGAAAUGGAGUUAGAGAAAGAGUUAGAGUUAAGUGAUGAUGAGUUUGAGAGUUUCCAGGAAGAAAGUUAUUUAAAAGAAGUGAAAAUGUACGAGUUAGAUGAAUAUGAAAAGAAGAAAGAUGAACAGAAAAGAAAAAUUGAUCAAGAAAAGAAGGAACGAAUUGAAAAAGAAAGGUUGGAGAGGGAAAAACAAAAGGAGGUUGAAAGACAAUUGAAAGAUAAAGAAGAUAAUGAAAGGAAACAGAAGGAAGAAAAAGAAAGGAAGGAAAAGGAGGAAAAAGACAGGAAAGAGAAAGAAAAGAAGGUAAAUGAGGAAAAAGAAAGGAAAGAAAAAGAAAAGAAGGAAAGAGAGGAAGAAGAAAGGAAAGAAAAAGAAAAGAAGGAAAAAGAGGAAAAAGAAAGGAAAGAGAAAGAAAAGAAGGAGAGAGAGGAAAAAGAAAGAAAAGAUAAGCUAGAGAAAGAAAGGAAGGAAAAAGAAAAGAAGGAAAAAGAGGAAAAAGAAAAAAAGGAAAAAGAGGAGAAAGAUAGAAAGGAAAAAGAAAGAAAGGCGCAUGAGGAAAAAGAAGAGAAGGCGAGACAGGAGAAAGAGAAGAAGGAAAAAGAGGAGUUACAGAAAAAGAAGGAAGCCGAGGAGAAACAAAUAAAUGACAAGAAAAUUAGAAAGGAAAAGGAAAAUCAGAAAUCAAAGAAUGAGGAAAAUGAAAGGAAGGAAAAAGAGGAGAGAGAGAGACAGAAAAAUCAGGAAGAAAUUAGGAGAGAAGGAGAGAAAAAGGACAAAAAUGAAAAAGAAAGUAAGAAAAAGGAGGAAAAACAGAAAGAGGGGGAAAACAAGAAUAAGAAUGAGAAAGACAAAGAAAGUAAGAAAAAGGAUGAAAAACUAAAAGAGUGUGAAAAGAAGGAUAAGAAUGAGAAAGACAAAGACAGUAAGAAAAAGGAGGAAAAACAGAAAGAAGAUAUGAAAAGGAAGACAGAUGAACAUAAGAAAACUGAUAAAGAUAAAAUACUUAAGAACUCGUAUAGAGAAAUCGAAAUAAAAGAGGAUGAAGAGAGGAUAGACAUAGAGAAAGUCCAGGAAAUGAAAGAAAAUAGAAGAAACAGAAAGAGAAAACUAGUAUGUGAAAAGAUUGACAAAGAAUUUCUAGAAAAUGAUGGAUAUGAAUAUGAAAUUAUAACAAUUAUCAAGAAAUAUAAAAUAGAAAACAGAUGUUAAAGGAAAACUGAUGUGAUAACUAAUACAGAAAACAGAUUGUUGGAGAUCAAGAUGACUAAAGGAUUAACAUAACAUUAACAUUUACUAAUAGGAUAUCUUAAACAUUUACUAUUUUAAUAUUGGUACAAGUACAUUGUGUAUUUAUACACUUCACAAUUAUUACACUUCGCAAUUAUGGACACUUUAAUUAGUGCAAAUAUUGCAGGAAAAUACAUUGACACUUAAGUAGUGCAAGAAAAAAAAGAAAAACAUUAUUAUUAUAUGAAUUACUGUAUUGUUAUAGUUACAAAAGACUGUUUCAUUUAAGUAAAUUUAUUGCUAUUAAGAUUGACAUUGUUUAAAUAUUCUUAAAUGAAAAGUAGAUUUUAUAUUUUAUGUAAAAUAUGUUAAAAAGUAAAAUUUCUUACCUGUAAUUUUUUCUUGAAGAAUUGGGACAAUUCUUGAAAGGUGGGGGUAAUGAUGUGCUGUUCCCCACCUACUUUAUGCAAUGCUCUUUCAAUCAAAAAUAAUACUUCUCGGAAAAUAUGUAGUAACCAUUAUUGGUAAUAACAUUAAGAAAUGUACCUUAUUAAGUAAUAUCCAUAAUUACUAUUUCAAUCAUUUAUGUAUUAUCUUGUAUUAAUUAUAUAAAGUUGCUCCUGCAACAACGUUGUGAAUGUCCGCCAUUUUGUUUCCCAGAAUUCUAGAGGGCGACCCAGUUUUUACGGGAAAACCUGAUUCUAGAUGACAUCACAAUGUAAACAAAAACAUUCAUAUAAAUAGGCCGAAUUUUAAAUGGCCAUCAGUUGGAGACUGGAUAUUGAUCUGAAUGGUAAAGAUAGAUAAAGAUAAAGAUAAAUAGAAAGAUAAAGAAGAUAUAUUGAGCAUGAAUACUCAUAAGAUACAGGUAUUAUUCAAUGAAUGGUUACAGUUAAAUAUUGUUGUUAUAUAGAUAAAUAUUGACAUAUUUUUACACCAGGUUGAGUGUGAAAAUAAAUAUAGUAAACUUUUA